AUGAGGACACCUACUCGGUCUUCCUCGAGACAAUUAUCAGUUCUUUCCGGUGUAUCUAAAACACCAUCAAAGUUAGCCGCUUCUCCCACUCCUCUCCACCCAAAACGCCAACAACAACAAUACGAUAUACCUAUAGAUCCAGAGCUAUUGCAAGAGGAGAAUGACUUGGAUGACAUGGAAGAUGCAGAAGGUGAAUUGGUAGAUGAUGAGCUGGAUCUAAUAGCUUACGGUAGAGAUGAACAAUACAUUCAACCUAACCCGGUAGCCUCAACAUCUGUCAUACCGACGAAACAACCUCGUAUAGGUAUAUUCUCAUCGUUACACGAUGUGAAUCCAAGAUCAAAAGCAGAUACAAACCCAAAGAAACGAUCUAGAAUAGCAAGAUCAUCAACAUCGACACCUCAACCCAACGGAACUCCAACUGGACCGUCAAAACCCAGACAGUCAGCUUUGGAAAAGGGAAAAGGUAAAGGUAAAGGAAUCAAUCAUGUGAACUUGAGCGCGGUAUACACACCAAAUCAACCACGUCCUGUAAAUGCAAGUAUAGUAGCAAGGGAAGAAUUGUGUUCAUUCUGUGCAGGAUCAGAUGAGAAGAAUAAAUCAGGUGAAAGAGAAAGAAUGGUUUCAUGUGCAAAAUGUGGAAGAUCAGGUCAUCCAACGUGUCUGAAUAUGUUCACGUCAAGAUUGAGAGCAAGAGUCAUGACGUAUGAAUGGCAUUGUAUAGAAUGUAAAACUUGUGAACAAUGUGAUGUCAAAGGUGAUGAUUCCCGGUUGAUGUUCUGUGACACAUGUGACAGAGGUUGGCAUAGCUACUGUCUAAAUCCACCACUGGCGAAACCUCCGAAAGGAUCUUGGCAUUGUCCUAUAUGUUUAGGCGUUCCACUCAACAAAACCUCUCUUCCCUCGACUUCACGCUCAGUACCUACCAUAACGACUUCAGCCUCUCGCAAAGGUAAAGGAAGAGCGACAACUUCUCUUACAGAUGGCCUAUUCACCCCGACUGGUCGACCUAGAAAAGGAGGUGGGCCAAGUCGAGCGGACGCUUUCGUCGAUGAUAAUGAUAUGUACGAAGAUCAAUCGGCUUCAAGGAUAAAAGUGAAGAUACCAAAAAGAGUUAAGACAAAGCUUGUUGGUAAUCCUAGAUCACGAUUAAAAGAUACGGAAGAUGAAGGUACACCAAUGAUUGUUAGAUUGAGGAUACCAAGUGGUAGUGGAGGAGGUGGAAACAAAGGAACGAUUAUAGAGAAAGAUGAACUGUCUUCGGAAGAGGAGAAAAUACCUUAUGGAGGUAUAAUCCAAGGUGAAGAAGCAGAUACAUCGAAAACCAAAAUAACAGAAAGGGAUAAAGAAGAAUUUGAGAAAUCCAAAAAAUCAGCUGAAACGAAAUUAGGCGUUCCGCCCAUAUCAACUGAUCUCCCGGGCUUAGCAAACUCGGUGUCAAAUUCACCAAUGCAUUCUCCUGGUAUAUUCAGUAAUACACCUAAUAAUAAGGAUACCCAAACGCCAGGCAGAGGGACUCCAUUGAACGGAUCAAGAUCAUUACGAGACAAGUUAUUACAGCAGUCGUUAGAAUCCCCUUCAACUGGAUUCCCAUUUCCUCACACACCCACUUCGAAUCCACAUCAUCACCAUCAUUCUAAUGAAGCUGCUAUUGGCAUGGGAGGGAAAUUGGAGAAAAUCAAUAAGAUCAGAUUCGGUCAAUUUGAUAUUGAUACCUGGUACUCUGCACCAUAUCCGGAAGAAUACGUUCAUGUGCCAGAUGGGAGAUUAUGGUUGUGUGAAUUCUGCUUGAAGUAUAUGAAAAGCGGCUUCGUAGCAGGUAGACAUAGGCUAAAAUGCAAAGUACGACAUCCACCCGGAGAUGAGAUAUACAGGGAUGGAGCAGUCUCCGUUUUUGAGGUAGAUGGACGAAAGAACAAGAUUUACUGCCAAAAUCUAUGUCUACUAGCCAAGAUGUUUCUCGAUCACAAAACUCUCUACUACGAUGUAGAACCUUUUCUAUUCUACGUUAUGACUGAAGUAGACGAUCUAGGUGCAAGAUUUGUCGGAUAUUUUAGUAAAGAAAAGAGGAGUAUGGAUAACAACGUCUCAUGUAUAAUGACUCUGCCAGUCAGACAAAGGAAAGGUUGGGGACAGCUUCUGAUCGAUUUUAGUUACCUUCUAUCAAAGAAAGAAGGUCGGGUGGGGUCGCCAGAGAAACCAUUAUCAGGCUUGGGAGCGGUGACUUAUAAAGGGUACUGGCGAUUGUCGGUCUUUCGAUACUUGCUCGCUGCCCCCUCGAAUGUCACCAUGGAUGAUAUAUCCCUUGCCACUUCGAUAACACUUGAGGACAUAUAUUCAGUCCUCUUGGCUGAAGAUAUGAUCAAAAUGCUCGACUUACCCCUUGUUGAUAUCCGUACGCCAUACUCCAGGACCCCCAAAUCACGUAAUGGACGAGGAAGAGGGGGUAGGAGUAGUGGUGCAAAUGGUAGAUCAUCAGUCAACAGACGUAAACCAGUCAUCAACGAUAACAACGACGAUGAAUCCAGAGAAGAGGAGGAAAUCAAGAUUCCAAAAAGAUAUAAAAUCAUAAUGGAUAGAGAAUACCUUUCGGCUGUUGUCAAGAAAAAUGAUGACAAAGGUUAUCUAACAUUAAGAGCUGAAAGAUUGAAAUACCAUCCUUUCCUAGUCACAAGGAAUCCAACUUUGCCUUUCAACGAUAGAAUCAACGCUACAUUGACGGUUAUCGGGGAAGGCGAAGAAGCGCAAACACCUUCUUCACUCAAUGGUGAUGAUGAUGAGGCUGAAGUCAAUGCUGUCGAAGCUACAGAAGAAGAAAUCAUCAAAGGAAAAGAUCAAGCUACGUUGAACUUGGUUGCUGAAUUAUCUGCAAGUCCAGUAAGAUCACUAAGGCGUAAACGAGAACAAGGAAUCAUGAACGAUGGAGAUGAUGACGAUGAGAGAGAAGACUCAGAAUUCUCUUUGCCCGAGAAAUCAAGAAACGUCAAAUCAAGAUUUAACGGAAGGAAUAGUACUCGAUUAUCUUCGACAAUGUCAAAAUCAAUCUCACCUCUAAAUCCCAGCAGGGGUUUAAGAGGUGAUUCAACCUUGCCCAAUCUAAUCAAUGGUAAUCAUACUCUGACCCUCAAGAAAGAGAUCAGGAAAUCAACAAGUUUCGACAGUAGACGCAAAAGAAUCAUGAGUAGUGAGACUGAAGAAGAAGUGGAACAGAUUGAAGACAGAUCUAUCAAUAAGAGUGCCAUGAAUGGUAAUGGUAAUGGUAAUGGUAAUGAACACGGUAAUGAAAACGGUGAUGGAAAUCGAAAUGGUAAUGGUAAAGAUCACGAAAAUGUGGUCCAGCAAGAUGGUGUCGGACAUAGUCGUUUAGCAGUUGAAGACGAAAUUGGCCCAGCACCAAGCGUUACUGAGUCGAAAGAAGUGAUAAUGCAAGAUGAACAUGUUAAGGAACAACACGGAGCUGAACUUGGACACGAGAUGGACGCGGAGGGCGAGGAUAUUGACGCAGAAGGUGAAGAUGAAGAUGCAGAAGGUGAAGAUGAUGACGAGUACAUCGGGUGA